UAGGAUGGAGGAGGAGGGUGAUCGGAGGAAUUCUGUGGGGACAGGGUCAAGGGGGCAAGUGGUGAGGCGGGCUUCUGAGAAGACUUUAGUGACCUUCUCAGUGGUAGCAGUGCCAAAGGAGCGGAGUGUUGGGGAGGAUAAGGUGUGCGGGAUGUGGUGGGGGGCAGGGCGGUUGCAAGGUCAGAGGAGGGGAGAGUUGAUGGGGUUAUAGUGGGAGGGAGGCUAGGUGGGGAGGUAGGUUGAGCAUUGGCGAUGUCCUUACGGAUUGCGUCAAUCUUGUUUUGGAAGUGAUUGGCAAUCUUGUGGGCGGUGAGUGAGGUACUGGUUGGGGUGGGGGGGGAGAGAGUAGGGAGUUGAAAGUGGAGACGAGCCGGCGAGGACAGGUGGAGAGGGUGUUGAUGAGGGGUAGCGAAGUAGGCUUGUUUGGCGGCAUGGAGGGAGGAGGUGUAGGUGAGGAAGGCGGAUUUGUAGAGGGAGAAAGCUCAAGGGGAUC